AUGCCAUUCAAAACAGGCCCCCUAUAUCCUUGCAACCCGGCUACGGAGCGAGCGGUAUCUACAAAGUUGUCGGUAGAUCCAAAGGGCGAAAAGGUAGUCUACACGAAUGGCAGGGCGGUCAUUAUCCGAGAUCUGAAUCACACCGAUCUGAGCCACGCAUACACCCAACACACUCAAUCUGCUACCGUAGCUCGGAUCUCGCCGUCUGGAUUUUACUGUGCAUCCGGUGAUGUAGCUGGAAACGUCAGGAUCUGGGACGUGACUCAACCUGAAAACAUUCUAAAAUUGGCCAUACGACCUCUUGGGGGAAGGAUCAAUGAUCUAGCUUGGGAUGGGGAGAGUAAGCGGAUCAUCGUGGGUGGAGAUGGCAAGGACAGUGGCCCGGAAGCUAAUCACUACAUCCCCCUUCUCCCCUUUCGGGGUCUCAGAUUCGGUGCAGCCUUCUUUAUGGACUCUGGAUCGACGUGUGGAGAAAUCACAGGUCACGCCAAAGCCAUCACCUCACUUGAUAUCCGACAUCAGCGACCCUUCAGAGCCAUUUCUGGAUCAGACGACAAUACUGUCAUUCUCCAUACGGGUGUUCCAUUCAAGUAUGAGAAAAUGAUCUCCCAGCAUGCUCGCUUCGUCCAGGAUGUCAGGUAUAGCCCGGACGGCGAAGCGUUUGCCAGUGUCGGCAGCGAUGGGAAAAUUUUCAUCUACGGAGGGAAAGAAGGGGAUGUCAAAGGAGAAAUCAAGAGAGACUCCACGAGCAGUCUGAUGGCAUGCUCAUGGAGUAAGGACUCCAAAUCCGUUGCUUCCGCUGGAGCGGACGGUAUCGUCACCAUUUGGGAUGCGUCAACGCUCAAGUCCACUCAGACUUACACUAUCGGAACCGACAUUCCCUCCCAACAGAAUGGAGUCGUUUACGCUGGCCCCAACACCCUCGUAUCAGUCUCUUUGUCCGGUGUUCUGAACGUAUUCGACACCCGAGAAGGUUCAAAAUGGCGAACACUGCAUGGCCCUCCCAAGGCCAUCACUUCUGCAGUGAUGAGCGAUAAGACGUUCUACACUGGAUCUUUCGAUGGAUCCAUCAAGUCGUUCUCCUCAGCCGGAGAAUGCGACAGUGUGAAGGGCAACGGACACAACGGUCGUGUCGCAGCUAUGAGUCACGAUGGGACAAAGACUUGGAGUGCCGGUUGGGACGACAAGGUCGCGUCGAUCGAGGGUGAUAAUUUCGGAGGCUCUUCGAUCGCUGUCAAGGCUCAACCGGCAGAUAUCGCAUCGACCCCCGGAGCCGUCUACGUGGCGUCUGCUGCUGGGCUUGAGAUCCAUCCAAGGCCUGAUGGUAGUUCUUCUGUCCGAUCAGGCGCAGUCACAUCAGUUGCCGCUCACCCUGGACCGAAUGAAGACUUGGUCGCAUUUGGAAAUGCUCAGAAAAAGGUGUCUCUUGGACGGAGGAACGGUACAGAUAUUCAGGUCGAUGCUGAAUUCGAUGAUAAUCGAGGAGAAGUUCAAGCUUUGGCUUUCAGCCCCGAUGGGUCUCUCCUCGCGGCUGCAGAUUCUUCGGGCCGAAUCGUAUUAAUUGAUACGAAUGACAAGAAGGCGAUUGUGACGUCUCGCUGGACGUUUCACAGUGGUCGAGUCACGUCGCUCAACUUUUCGCCGAAUGGAAAGAGAUUGGCUUCGGGAGGUAUGGACGAGAGCAUAUACAUCUGGGAAGUCGGGAGACCAUUGAAAAACACCGCCAUCAAGAACUCACAUCCUGGAGGAGUAUCCAGCGUCGCUUGGAAAGACGGUAAUACAGGCUUGAUAAGUACUGGGGCAGAUGGCUGCGUCAGGACUUGGACUGUAGAUGAGAUCUGA